CAACGCACCCCAACAACGCAGCCAUCCCAACACACCCACGCAGUUGCAUCGGUCAUCAGAUCAUCCACUGCUUACUGGCAAUUGCAUCGCAACUGCCUCCACCAUGUCAGCUACUACACGGCGCUCAACGCGUCGCACUGCAGCGACAGCGGCCACCGAGUCCUCGCAGCCCGCGUCCAGACAAAGCUCACAGUCGGCAUCGCCUGCGCCAGAGCCUAUCCCCAAGAAGAAGCCCGGCCGCAAGCCCAAGGCUGCCUCCGCCAGAGUCGAGUCGCAGACCGUGACAGAGUCGCAGCAGACAGUUACCAAGGGUCGCGCUACGUCACGCGCAAACGCCGCCUCCGCCGUCACCACAACAACCACUACAUCAUCAACAACCAAAACCGCGACGCAAGCGCCUGUUGUCGCUAAGAAGCUCACCCGAGCCGGCCGUCAGGCGCUAAAAGAAGCGGGUGUAGAGGCUUCACCACAGCGCAGUCUGGAACAGACGAAGCCCGUCAAGCAAGGACGCGGCACAGCCCGCCAGAAAGUCACCAGUGAGAAACGAAAGGCCGUGGCCGCAAAGCUGGCGGCGGCCAAGGCUGUCGAGAGCGCCGAAGACGAGGCAGAAGCCGAGAAUGAAGAUGGCAUGGGCCCCUUCUUUACAAAAAAAUUCGACAGUGAACUAGUAGCAAUCAGCGAGUCAUCUCCGGCACACGGUGUGUUCGUGAAUGGCAAUGAGGAAGCCCUUGCGCUCCUCCACAAGAUCGAGAGCUCUGCCAAAGAGACCAGGCGCAUUGAGCCCUCAAGCCAUGACAGUGAAACGUUCUCAGACAAUGACGUCGCCAUGGAACCUUCACCACAACAGCCGUCUGCUAAGAGAACCUUCGAGGAUGUCACAGCAACGCCCAACCGCCCCGUCGCAACACCAUCCAACAUCUUCAGCAGGUCAUUCUCUGCUAUCAAAUCCCGACUUUUCUCCUCGACACCCAAGCCCCCACCAACCCCCGAAGUCGCGUCGCCCACCGUUACGAAGCCUCUACCACCCCAGAACACGAUCACCGAGACCCUCUCUCUUCCUCCUACACCUGUUGGCGAGCGCGUCAAGACGCCAAACAAGAGGCGUGCGCCCAUGAACACACUAUUGAAACUUCUGCUCAAGGGCGUCGACCGUAAGGACAGGCACAAGGCAGAGGACUGGGCCAAGCAGGUCAUUCCUGAAUUGAAGAACGACCCUGCCUUCAUCGAAAAGCGCGCGCGCCUCCAGAAAGAUGUUCUAUGCAAGGAGCUAUCGAAUUUCCCUUCAGCUAAGCCUUGGGAGACGGGCUUCGGUGACCCACUCGGUGAUCUGGACGAUGAGGAUGUCGUACCAGUCUGGGCUGUCUACCUUGAUAUCGUGGCCGAAGAAGAAGAGCACACUGCUAAGAAGCACAAGAAGACUCACGAAUUCACCAUGGGCGACGACGAAGUCCCCACCAUUGACGAGCAGUUCGCUGCUAGCAACAACGCGCGCACUUCCCCGAAGCUCUACAACAGCCAUGGCCAAUCCUCUUCACUCCGUGACUUCCACCCUCGUCGCUCAAUCGACCCGUCACCCAUGUUCAGCAACUCCAUCUCACACAACACUGGCGGUAACAUCUUUAGCGAACUACAAGGACACGACACUGCGGCACAGAUCCGUGAGAACGAUCGUGAGGUCCUGAAAAGCGCGACCAAGGAGACUACACACACCCACAACCCGGGCAUGGGCUCCUUCAGCGUCCCCGAUGAUGAUUCUGAUGAAGAGGACUCGACAAUGGGCAGCGAGACCGCUGACGCUGAAGCUACUCCCAUCUGGACGCAACCACCGCCACCAGCACCUGUUCCUGCGCAUGUGCCCCUGCCAGGCGGAUCUACGGAUGAAGCGCCUGAUGUGCCCGAAGCGCCCCCGACCCCUACCCGCCAGCAGCCGGGAGAUGAGAUUGAGCGCCAGCGCCAGAGACUCAUGAAGCACACACCUGCUAAGCCUUCACGUCUUCGCGAGGCAACCUACCCAUCACCAAGCAUUCUAUCGGAAGCUGGUAACGUUUCACUGUUUGCCGCCACUCCCGCACAGAUGGCAACUUCUGCAACGUCCAUGUUCGACGAUAUGCCAGGAGCCGAGAUUAUUGAACUUGACGACGAAUGCCAGGCUGAAUUCGACGACAUCGUCAACAGCCAAGAGUAUCAGCAGAAGUUUAGUGUUGAAUGGCAAACGCCCACCCUCACCUACGAGUCAGAUGAGGAGGAGCCGAGCCCUACCUCUUCGUAAAAAUUGUUCACUCUGCAUUGUUCCGGCGUUUCUCAUCUUCAUACGAAUCCAAAUUGAUCGACCGGAAUCAGAUUCAUUGCCUAUGGGCUCUUUUCUCCAUUAUAUUGUUCUUUUCCGUGUUUGCAUAGCUAUGCGUUGGUUUCUUCAAGUACAGAACCUCUCGUGGGUUGAAGAUGCAUUUCUUGUUGGCGUUCUCCAGGGGCAUAAAGACGGAUGAUUGACGAAAGCUGUAUACCCCUCGGCCGUUGAAUGGUCGAACACUAGGCGCACGUUUUAGCCUAGUAACUGCGUUGGUUUCUUUUUCACAUACUUGCUUGUUUGAAUAGCUUUAAUAUCGAUCAAGAGACUUUAAAAUCUUGAGUAUCCUCACCAGUAAACCGAUGAGGGCAGUCACAUCUGAUAAUGUGAGCUGAUAAAUAAGAGACACAGGAAGGAGUUUCAAAAGCCAGAGCCUUCGAACAUUAACCUAAGACCAACGCUGGAGAC